CCUUCUACAACGCGCCGGAGGCUAGUGAGACAGAGUGGAAUUUCAGCAGAUGGAUCUCAACUCUCAUCAAGAGGUAGAACACGUUCGAAUCGUCCGAAAAGCUGCCGGCCAAGAGCGAAGAGAAAAGAUUCACCGGGUGGAAAUUUUUACAGGAAUCCUUUUCCGUACAGCUUCGGGUCAUCAAAUCAUUCGUAUCUCG